AUGAAACUCACCCCAUCCCUCCUCUACGUGCGGAGCCUGCUGGCUUCAAUCCAUCCGCCAUCACCGCCUACUCCUCGCGAGUCGAGAAAGCUUCUUCAAGCUCUUGAAUCUAAAUUUCAAAAACAUCUCGACGAAUCACAUCCCUCUCCAAAGGCUCUCGGCCUCGAUGAUCCCACGGAUGAAACCGAAUCGAUCCCUGAUCCAGUCCACAGAGUCACUCGUUCGACGCAUUCUCAUCUCGACGGCAUACUCAGACAUCCAUUGUUCAGAUCCAAAUCCCCCAUCCGUGACGUGUCUCGUCACCGUACUAGCAAUGCGGUUGCAGCUUUCGACAGUGCAUUGGUCGCAAAGAAACUGAAUUUUGAUAUCGUGGAAUUUUGCACACAAAAGUACCUCCAGGGUGUGAGGCAGAAAGAGACCGUCCACAAAGAUGGCAAACUGGGCCCGAGGCUAGCAAGUUGGUUCACAGCCCUGAAUGAAUUGGAGAAGAGGAAGUUUCUGGCCGAAGACAAAGCUCUGAAAGCCGUGGUUCGAGUCAUGUAUAUGGAUGGCCUAGAAGCCGAGGUCUGGGAAUGGCUCCGGAUGCUCUACGAAUCCCACGUCCACAGCUCAAUCUCGGAGCCUUUUGGAGAUGUUGAUCCUGAUACGCUGGCCCGCCGUCAGGCGGAAGAUCGGCUGGUGGGAAUGAUGAUUAAAGAAUCUAUCAGAAAGGGAGCUGUUCAAGAGGCCGUCCAACAGUUUAUUCAGGACGCCCAAUAUCGUCAGACGACCAGGCGAAUGAACUUUCACCCGUUUGGACCGUGGCACAGCAUAGCCUUUCAUAUACUUUUCCGCCGGGAGGAUCAUCAAAUCCCUGGUCAUUUAUUCGACUUGAUGUUGACAUUUGGUCUCCAGAUCGACUCGUCUCCCUUUGACCGAGAAAUGGUCCGCAUCUAUCACCCGCAAACCCCAACCGCCAUUCCUUUCUCCAUCAAAUUGAAAGAUCCCUCUUUCCUCCUGCAUUUUAUGAAAUGGCAGAAUAAAUUGUUUGGAUAUGCCAUCAAGCUUUCGCUUGUGGCGAUACUCGACGCUGCGCAGUUAUCCUUGGAGCAAGGUCACCCCAAAGAAGCAUGGCAAUUUUUAUAUUUCGCGGAGAGGAAUUAUCCUAACAUACUGUCCACAAGCGCAGAUUCCGACAUAGCGAAAAGAUUACAAUCAGCACGGGAGAAAGUUUCGAAUCAACCAGAAAAUCGGGUGACAGAUCAUAUACAUAUUCCGGCUCUCGUGUGA